AUUGGAGGUCGGCAUUGAUUGGGUUUGUCAUCAGAGAUACCCUAUUCGGAACAACUGGAAAACAAAACAACCUUCACAAAUUUUGCUCCAUGACGAGGGUUACUUUGUUUUCCGAUUUGCAACUGAAGAGGAAUGUGAACAUAUCCUUCAGGAAGGUCUAAACACUUUUUAAAAUAAGCCUUUUGUUCUACAAAAUUGGGAAUUAAAUCUUGAAUUUAACCUGACUGUAUCACCAUGAUUCUGUUAUGGGUUACGUUGCCUCGACUGCCGGUGGGAUAUUGGUCGAGGGAUGCCCUCAUUAAGGUCACCAGUGCAAUUGGGAAGCCACUCCAUUCUGAUAGCUUCACAGCUAACAUGUCAAGGAUCUCCUAUGAAAGGGUCUUGAUGGAGGUCGAUGUGGCUCAACCGUUGCUGGAUAACAAUGAUAUCUCGACCCCUUAUGAUGAAUUUCAACAAUCAGUAGAGUAUGAUUGGCGUCCAAUGUUCUGCUCCAACUGUAUGAAGUUUGGUCAUGAGCUUCCCAAAUGUUGGAAUAAGGUUAAUAAGGGUGGGGUUGAGGAGAAAUUUCAGGAGAAAAAGAAGCGCAAUAGAAGAAACAGGAGGAAGCCUCAGCCUCCAAUGUGGAAAGAAAUGCAGGGUUAGGCU